CCAAGCCAAUCCUGCUUCUGGAUUCUUCAACAUGUAAAGACAGCAGUUAAAUUAUAUUAAUAUGGACGAUCUGGAUGGCUUCAGGUCACCUCUGCAGGCUGCAGGGAUCAACACCAGCAGAAGAGAAGAUGCAAAGGAUGGGAUGUCCAAACAGACCCAGCUGCUCCUGGAGGCUCUUAUGGUUCUCAUGUGUUUGGGAGCCAUCAUAGGCAAUGCUCUCGUCAUCAUUAUUGUGGCGGCCACCAGGACCCUCCAUGCAGUGACGUCUGUUCUGAUCCUUAACCUUGCCAUCAGUGACCUCCUGGUCGGCAUCGGUGUCAUGCCUUUUGUUGCUAUGUCCAUCCUAAACACUGGAUGGGUGCGGUGUCCUGUCCUCUGUUUGUAUGUGGGGUACUCUUCCACUGUGUACUGCUCAGCCUCUGUAUUCACACUCACUGCUAUCGCUCUUGACCGCUAUUACUCCAUCAUGGACUGCCUGCGCUAUACUUCCCGCUGCACCCUGUGGAGGAUUUGUGCUGUAGUCCUAUGGAUUUGGCUUCAAGCCCUUGUUGUCUGCAGCUGUCCUCUGAUGGGUUGGGGCUCUGUCACCUAUGUGGUCCCCAUGUAUAAUUGUGCCAUCACCUGGGCCACCACUCUUAGCUUUACAGCUUUCAUGGCUGCUCUCACCUAUCUGAUACCAGCAGUGGUGAUUCUCUUCUGCUAUGUGAACAUUAUCAGGGUGGCUCGCAGCCAUGCCAGGAGGAUCCAUUCACUGGAGGACUCUGUCCAGCGCAGCAGGUCCCCCUGUGCUGCCAGGGAUUCAUCCCAACAGCCACGUAUAAACCUGCAUAGACCCUGGAGUCUUACAUCUCACAUAAACGAGGACUCUGGAGAUAAUAUUAGCCAGGUUGGGCAUGCAUCUCCAACACAGCAAAAAACAACUACAGUCAGGAGUUUGUUUUCCAUCAGACUGCAGACAUCAGAGUCAAACAACCAGCAGCACCACCAUGGAGCGGUGCGUCUCCUUCUCAUCAUCUCAGCCUUCCUCCUAUGCUGGACACCCUUCAUAUGUGUGGCUCUGGUUCAGGCCACAGAAACUGCCAUUAAAGGCCAAUCUACCCUCGUUCCAGACUCUGCCAUCACCUUCUCCUACUGGCUGAUGUUGCUUAACUCUGAUGUCAACCCUUUGCUUUACGCUCUGCUCAGCCAGCGCUUCCAGAGCGCUCUUAAGGGAAUUGGGUACAGGAUCAGAGCUCAUGUGUGGAGCACACUGGGCAGAGAAUGGGAGGUCAGAGUAGAGGGGGAUGAUGUCAGGAACAGUGACCCUUGCUCCCUGACUACAACCCAACACAGUUCACAUUCCAGCACAGACAGUUUGAACUUUGACCCCUCUAAGUUCUCCUCUUCUAUUUUCUCCGUUAGCGCUGCCUUUAAAAGACACACUGAAGUGCAUCUAUGUAACAUGUGCCACCAUGAAAACUCCCCCUCUGUGUGCCAGGAUGCUGUCUGUGAGAAGACAAACAAUCUGCAGGUCCCUUCUCGUCCUCUAGAGGGCAGCAGACUUCCUUUCUCUGCUCUAACCAAGGAGCAGCGGGCCACUUUUUCCUUUGGCCAGGUCACAGUGACUGUAGAGCAUGAUGUCUGUUAG